CGCCGCAGGCGGAGGCCGCGCAUUGCCCUGCUCUGCGCUGCACGGCCCGCGCGGGGACGGGAGCGGGCGGCCCGCGGCACGGAACGGCGUGGCCAUGGAGAUCGGCACGGAGAUCAGCCGCAAGAUCCGGGGUGCUAUAAAAGGAAAGUUGCAGGAGCUGGGGGCUUACGUUGACGAAGAGCUCCCUGAUUAUAUUAUGGUUAUGGUGGCCAAUAAGAAGAGUCAGGAGCAGAUGACGGAAGACCUUUCGCUUUUCCUGGGAAACAAUACAGUCAGGUUUACUGUAUGGCUCCAUGGUGUUUUGGAUAAGCUGCGAUCUGUAACUACUGAGCCAUCUGGUACAAAAUCUUCAGAACCUAAUAUCUUUGAGAGCAACCAUUCUUCCAGCAAAAGUAGUUCAUGUGUGAGUGAUGAGAGGAGGCGUGAGGAUACCUUGCCACCUCUUGCAGUCUCCAGCACUCGAUCUGAGCGAACUGACUCAAGAGUUUCAACCAGUUCACAGGAACAAAGAAACACUGCUUCACGGCAGUCUUGUGAAGAUGGUUCUGCCUCCCGCUUAAUGUCUACAGUCAAGCCUUUGAGGGAACUGUCACCUUCUGAAGCUGUAAUUGACAUUAAACCUGAACCAGAUGAUCUAAUUGAUGAGGACCUAAACUUUGUACAGGAGAAUCCUUUGUCACGGAAGAAACCUAUUGUAACUGUAACUUACGGUUCUUCUCGACCUACUGCUGAAAUCUACCGACCGCCCGCUAGCAGGAGUGCAGAUGGCAGCUUACAGGUGCACAGAUUGCCACAGCAAGGCAACCUGCAGGGGAGCCGGCAGUUAGAAACACAGAGCUGCAGGUCUUUGGAAACAGUCCAGCUGUGCAAUCCAGAAGCAUUUGGCAGCUUAGCAGAGAGUUACAGACCCACCUCCAAACUCAGUGCCGAUAAAGUAGGCAGUGAGGAAGAAGGCGCCAGAAAGAGAAGGUUGCCUAUUGUAAGCUCAGUAGUCAAAGUGAAAAAGUUCUGUAACGAUGGUGAAGAAGAGGAGGAGGAGGAGGACUAUGGACUACGGACUGGAAGCAUCUCCAGCAGCGUGUCUGUACCUGCAAAGCCAGAAAGAAGACCUUCGCUGCCACCUUCAAAACAGGCCAAUAAGAAUUUAAUACUGAAAGCAAUCUCUGAAGCACAGGAAUCAGUUACAAAAACAACAAAUUAUUCUGCAGUUCCACAGAAACAGACUGUUCCAGUUGCACCAAGAACUCGAAUCAGCCCAGAAGAGUCUCACUUAGAAGUAAUCCAUCUGCAAAGCAGACUCCCUGCUCUGUGUUCCCAGCUUCAAGUAGAAGAGCCAAAGGAGCAGACAGUUGAAGGAAUUCAAGGAGCAGAACAAAAGGAGCUCUCUUCUCGGCUGCAGGUGGAUCCCGUCGUUGAGGAUACCUUGCAAAUAACUCAAGAUUACUACGAUGGAGAAUCGAUGGUCCAUACUGAUACGAGGUCAUUCAUCUUGAAGAAGCCCAAGCUGUCUGAGGAAAUAGCACCACAGAAUCAGCAACUGGGAAAGAGGGCCACAGAGGCAAUGCGAGUGCUCUCGGGACGUCUGAUACAGACACGAGACCAGAUUGCACAGCCAGAGAAACCUGCUAGCCCCAAGUUCAUCGUGACACUGGAUGGUGUGCCCAGUCCCCCGGGAUACCUUUCAGAUCAAGAAGAGGAAGACAUGUACAUAACUGAAGGAUUAAAGCCAAUUACCCAAAAUAUAUGUGCAGGCAAAGGAUUGAAAGGCCUUCGAGCACAGCAGAUGCAGAUUGUAACCCGGCAGCUAGACAGUUCUGAUGUGGAAAUGGAACAGUUGAAUGUGCUACAGAAGCAGGAGAAGGUGCUCGAGCGCUGCAAGUACUGGCCUGCUUGCAAAAAUGGAGAUGAAUGUAUGUACCAUCACCCCACACAACCUUGCAAAGUUUUUCCCAACUGCAAGUUUGCUGAUAAAUGCUUGUUCAUCCAUCCAAACUGUAAAUAUGAUGCAAAAUGCACUAAACCAGACUGCCCUUACACUCAUGCCAGUCGACGAAACCCACUUCCAUCUCCGAAACCAGCACCACUGCCCGCACAGUCUGUAUCCUCCAGCAGCCCGCUGUGCAAGUUUUUUCCUGCUUGUAAGAAAAUGGAAUGUCCAUUUUACCACCCAAAACAUUGUAGGUUUAACACCCAGUGUACAAGGCCAGACUGCACAUUCUACCAUCCAGCUAUUGCUGUCCCUCCACGCCAUGCCUUGAAAUGGACUCGAACUCAAACCAGUGAAUGACGGUGAUACAAAUGGGGACUGAACUCUGCCUCCUUUGGACAGUAGUGGAAAGGACAGCUAACCCCCGGGCACGGGAUGUUAGAAGAAUUCAUGCAUUUUGAACUUUUAAUAUACAUUGUUUUCAUAAAACAAAGUUGAUUGCAUACUUGAAAUGUCUCUAAUUUUCCAAGUUUGUAAGCUUGAGCAAUUUUACAUUUUUUUUUUACGCGGUAAGAAGAUGUCUGUGUAAUAAAAGUUUACUUUAAAUUCCAUUAAAAACUUUCAAAGCACA